UCAUCGCCCGCGCCCACUCUACCGCGGGGCAUGCGCUUCAAGGACAGCAAGAGCGCGUUUUACGCCGUGCAGGACUACGCGCUCUACCACAACAAGCAGGUCAAGGUGGCGCGUCGCGGGGGCAAGCACCGCAAAAUGACGGACCACACGUGGUACGUGUCCAGCGCCGACCUCACACACUCCGCCGAGUGCACGUCCACGGCCAAGCCCACGCAGCGCCAAUUGGUGGAGAGCUCCAGCUUCCAGCAGGCUUUGGCAGCCGCGCCCAAUGGCACAGCCUCCCAACUGCUGCAGCAACUCAAAGGUAGAACGAACCUACGCACGAUCUACCGCGCCAAGCAAAUCAUGAAAAAAGAGCACCUCACACAGGUAGGCUCCAAAGUGCCGGGGGCGUUCUCCCGAGCAUUCGUGAGCUGCAACGUGUUUACUCAAUCGACGACGUUCAACCAGCAGAUCUACGGCUUCGAGGCGCGGCCGUGCAACAACAGCGAGGCAAGCUACCAGGGGGUGCACUUUGACAAUUACCGGUGGUUCUUCCGCUGUGUGGAGGACAGCGGCGUAAGUUUGAGGUAUUGUCCCGUGCUCUGUGCUAUCGACACGGAGCUGCUGAGUCUGGAGAGCGAAUUGGGACUCACGUUCAGGUACUGCACGAGAUACAUCAUUGAGCACGACUUGACGCGGAUGGGGUCGUUCAGUCGCCACCACCACGCGCUGGUGUGGGGGCUACAAGGAUCCGAGACGGAAGCGGAGUACAACAACCGCCUCGAGUGGAUCGGCACGACCCGGACAUUCUACGAGACAGCGGAGCAAGAGCAAUUUGCGGCUUCUGGAGCAGGAAACGGGUCUGGCGCGCAAGAUCUCUAUAACGCGGAGUGCAAGCGCAUUGGGGAGUACAAAGUCAGUCAAGCGUCGGAGACUGUUGCAUUUACCAACACUUGCUCGUGCGCCUUCAUCGACCAGUACGCCAUUCCGUGUCGCCAUCUCAUUGCUGUCCUGCUAUUCUGUGAGAAGAUGGACACGGUC